AUGCUUUGGACCAUAAAUACCUGCUACGCCACCGGAGCCCCCGCCGGCCUGCACCGUCGCUGGCCCCACCACCGCCUUCUACCACGUACCCACAAUGAGCUUGACGUGAUGUGCCCUCAAUUGUCGCGCAUGCAUCGGUUUCCACUGCGAACGGGCGGCGGCGGUGGGGCCGACGAAUGUGCAGGCCGACGGAGGCUCCGUGAACCUCACAUUUACCCGAGAUCCCGAAUCACUACACUGCUCGGAAGAAAACAUAUCUAUACCGGCAACAUCUCCAUUGAUCUCAAGGGCAGAACAAGUCCAAAGGCGUAUUGUUUCGGAUGUUCUCCGCUGAAUGCAGAUCAAAUGUCCAACGAUGUCAAAAACCCUGAUAAAGAAAACACAUCACCCAAUCUCCAUCCGGACCCACCCGGACCCAUCUCUUCUUGUUGUGAUUCCUUGAUCAAACAUGCCUCAGUUUACGGAAUAGCCGCCGGCUAUUGCAUCUCCGCGUCAUUGCUAUCGAUUAUCAACAAAUGGGCUGUGAUGAAGUUCCCGUACCCUGGAGCCCUAACUGCACUGCAAUACUUGACUAGUUUCAUGGGGGUCAUCAUUUGCGGCUGGCUCAAGGUAAUCGAACACGACAAGCUCGACCUUCUCACGAUGUGGCGCUUCUUGCCCGCCGCUUUUAUUUUCUAUUUGUCAUUAUUCACCAACAGCGAGCUUCUCCUUCACGCGAAUGUCGACACCUUCAUUGUUUUCCGUUCGGCCGUGCCCAUUUUUGUUGCCAUUGGCGAAACCCUGUACUUGCACCAGCCGUGGCCAGCUCUAAAGACUUGGCUCUCGCUCGCCACUAUAUUUGCCGGUAGUGUGCUUUACGUGAUAACUGAUUACCAGUUCACGCUCGCGGCCUAUAGCUGGGCUCUCGCAUAUUUGGUGAGCAUGUCCAUAGAUUUUGUUUAUAUCAAGCAUGUUGUGAUGACAAUCGGGUUGAACACGUGGGGGCUCGUGUUGUAUAACAAUCUCGAGGCUCUACUGUUAUUCCCUUUGGAGUUGCUUGUGAUGGGGGAGUUGAAGAAAAUCGAGCGUGAUAUCUCGGAUGACGGAGUGGAUGGGCCUUACUCAUUUGGGGUGGUUUUGCCAGUUGGGUUGUCAUGUUUGUUUGGACUGGCGAUCUCGUUUUUUGGGUUUUCGUGCCGUAGGGCAAUCUCAGCCACGGGAUUCACAGUUCUUGGGAUAGUGAAUAAGCUGUUGACGGUGGUGAUAAAUUUGGUUAUUUGGGACAAGCACUCAACGGUUGUGGGGACUGUGGGGCUCCUCAUCUGCAUGGGAGGUGGAGUUAUGUAUCAGCAGUCAACGAGUGGUAAGGCGAAAACCACCAGUGAAGUUGUUAAGGUCGGGGAGAGUGAUGAUGAAAAGCAGAAGCUGCUCGAAUUGCAAACUCUAGGUGGCCAAAAGGGCGAUGCAGAAGCCCAAGAAAAAUCAUAG